AAGCGGAUGCUAAGCUACAGAAUGGAAUAUGUUUUCCGGCAUUCGUCCAAUGGCAUUGAGGAUUUUACCACAUCAGCUUCAUUUAAUAAGUGCAUCAACGACAUCGUCCCCACAACGGCCGUAUGUACAUAUCCCAACCAGAAGCAAUGGAUUACAGGCAAUUUCUACACUGAUCUAAAGGCUAGAGCUGCCACUUUCAAGGAGUGCAACACUAAUCCGGACACAAAUCCCGCUACGACUUCUGACAAGCCAUCAAACAGGCAAAGCCCCACUAAGAUCAAAUCCUACUACCCUGGCUUUGACGCUCGUCAGAUUUGGCUGGGCUUGUAAACUAUCAUGGAUUACAAAGGGAAACCCAGCCGCAAGCUGCCCAGUGACAUGAGCCUACCAAAUGAGCUAAAUGCCUUCUAUGCUUGCUUUGAGGCAAGCGACACUGAACCAUGCAUGAUAGCACCAGCUGUUCCAGACGAAUGUGUGAUCACGCUCUUCGUAGCUGAUGUAAGACCUUUAAACAGGUUAACAGAUGGAUUACCAGGACUCAGAGCAUUGGCUGACCAGCUGGCAAGUGUCUUCAUUGAUAUUUUUAACCUCUCCCUGACCCCGUCUAAAAUAACUACAUGUUUCAAGCAGACCACCAUAGUCCCUGUGCCCAAGAACGCCAAGGUAACCUGUCUAAAUGACUAUCGCCCCGUAGCACUCAGAUCUGUAGCCAGGAAAUGCUUUGAAAGGUUGGUCAUGGCUCACAUCAACAUCAUCAUCCACUCCAAUUUGCAUACCGCCCCAACAGAUCCACAGAUAACGCAAUCUAUAUUGCACUCCACACUGCCCUCUCUCACCCGGACAAGAGGAACACCAAUGUGAGAAUGCUGUUCAUUGACUACAGCUGAGCGUUCAGCACCAAAUCAUAAAAUAAAAUGUUAUUGGUCACAUACACAUGGUUAGCAGAUGCUAAUGCGAGUGUAGCGAAAUGCUUGUGCUUCUAGUUCCGACAAUGCAGUAAUAUCUAACAAGUAAUAUAACAAAUUCACAACAACUACCUUAUUCACACAAAUACACACAAAUGUAAAGGGAUUAAUAGGAAUAUGUUCAUAUAAAUAAAUGGAUGAGUGAGGGCCGUGCAGCAUAGACAAGUGGCAGUAGAUGGUAUAUAGCAGUAUAUACAUAUGAGAUGUAAACAUUAUUUAAAGUGACUAAUGAUAGGCAUAGCCAAGAUGUAGUAGAUGGUAUAGUGAUUUUCUGGAUUUUUUCUCUUCUCAUUUUGUCUGUCAUAGUUGAAGUGUACCUAUGAUGAAAAUUACAGGCCAUCAUCUUUUUAAGUGGGAGAACUUGCACAAUUGGUGGCUGACUAAAUACUUUUUUGCCCCUCUGUAUGUGCCUUUUGUAUGAAGGAUUUCAGGUCCCAAAGCCUCCAUGUAAGAUGUAUACGUGUAAUGUAAUAAUGUAAUGUAUAUAGGCCUGUGUAACUACAACAUGAAAGGUUUAAGUCAAGUAAUGAAAAUGGCUUUAAUGCAUAAGUCUAUACAGUCAAAGACAUCACUGAUACAGCGCAGAGCAUAUGAAAAAGCAAGAAAGGAAAGGAUGUCAUGUGUGAUCCCCCAACAAUUGUAAAGGGCAAUAUCAAACAGUCGAUUAGGAAGGCUAAUGUAUUGAACAUUGACUCCCAUAUAUACACACCGAAGCGAGAGAAUAAUUUUUUUAUAUAUAUAUAUUGUGCAUCAGUGAGCAACCAGCAGUCUGUCUCGGUUCCCCCAAAAAACGCAUCCUUAUGCGCAAAAUAUGCGCAGCUGUGAGAGCGCAAAAAUAACUAGUUCGGGGACACAGACCCCCAGACAAAAAAGUUCACAUGCUGGGCUGGACAGCAAAGUACAGCACACCGAGGACCAAGAUAGCUGUAACGUUACGAGGAUUGGGCGUAGUCCAAAGAAACCUAAAUUGGGCUUCAUUACAUCUUGAGGAGAAGAAGGUGCCUUCAAACCAAAAAUACGUUUUGAUAGCCAAACGGCGAGAUAAAUUGCUCAUAAUGGCCUCGGAAGAGCUUUAUGAGGUUGAGAAAAUUGUGGACAAACGGAAGAACAAGAAGGGAAAGAUGGAGUACCUGGUCCGCUGGAGGGGGUACGGAUAUGAGGGGGACACCUGGGAGCCCGAGUCGCACCUCUCCGCCUGCAUGGAGUUCAUUCACCAUUUUAAUCAGUCACACGGCAAAAGACCGAGAGACGGCAGUUUACUGCGCUCCACUCAAAGCUCUCCCAGCACGGCCCACAGCCACAGUUCGAGCAACAACGCCCGCAAACAGAUCUGCAGGCCUCAGCCACUCUGCGGCAAUAGUGGAGCAGGAGGCCACGCUCUAGUGAAACCCACCUCUUCGCCCACCACAGCAGCUACGGCCGUCUCCAAACGGCCGCAGCAACCACCAUUGCCACCACUUGUCUCUAGCCUGGCAAAUUCCAAAACGGACACACAGCAGCUUAUCUUGGGCCAAAAGUACAGUGAUUGCACUACCUGUGCCAUUUCUAGUCCAAGCUUCGCAGGUGGACUCACUGCUUCUCCAGUGGGCACGGCGCGUCGGAGUAUGGACCUGGCCAAGUCCGGGAUCAAAAUCCUGGUUCCCAAAAGCCCCAUGAGCAGCUGGGUGGACUCUGAAGAGUCGCCCAGCGAGGCGGCCCACAGUCUGGAACAGGGGGGUCAGGAGCAGGACUCUGUGCCCCCAGAGGUGGCCCUGUUGGAAAAGCCCCUGGGGUUGCUGCUGGGGCCCGGGGAAGAAAGGGCACGCAUGGGGACUCGGCCCAGGACUCAAAGCCAAAUCCCAUUGAUCCUUCAGCAAGUCCCCGUAACACCCACAUCCAUACGCACCCUCAAUGGGAAAGGUACAUCGACACUCAUGGAGGCUCUGGCAAGCAACGGGACGGCUAACCUGCAGAGUACCGUGGCGCGAGUAACCGCUGUCUCCGGAGUGGCGGGGAAACGGCGCUUCGAAGAGCAGCGCUCGGUCUUCGACAAGCGCCUUCGGUUCAGCGUACGGCAGACGGAGAGUGCCUAUCGCUACAGGGACCUCGUCGUCAAGAAGCAGGACGGCUUCACCCACAUCCUGCUCUCCACCAAGACCUCGGAGAACAACUCACUGAACCCCAACGUGAUGAAGGAGAUACAGAGUGCCAUGGCCACAGCGGCAUCAGACGACAGUAAGCUGGUCCUACUGAGCGCCGUAGGCAGCUUCUUUUGCUUCGGCCUGGACUUCAUCUACUUCAUCAGGCGGCUCACCGACGACCGUAAGAAAGAGAGCAUCAAGAUGGCCGAGACCAUUAGGACAUUCGUGAACACUUUCAUCCAAUUCAAGAAGCCUAUCAUCGUAGCCGUGAAUGGACCGGCGGUGGGCCUCGGAGCCUCCAUCCUCCCGCUGUGUGAUGUGGUCUGGGCCAACGAGAGAGCCUGGUUCCAGACGCCUUACACCACCUACGGACAGACACCCGACGCCUGCGCCUCAGUCACCUUCCCUCGCAUCAUGGGCGUGGCCUCGGCCAAUGAGAUGCUGCUGAGUGGGAGGAAGCUGACGGCCCAGGAGGCUUGUGCUAAAGGGCUUGUCUCCCAGGUGCUGUGGCCCGGGACUUUCACUCAGGAGGUGAUGGUUCGCAUUAGGGAGCUAGUCUCUUGUAAUUCAGUUGUCCUGCGGGAGUCCAAAGCACUGGUCCGAAAUGCAAACCGGGCCGCCCUGGAGCAGGCCAACGAACGCGAGUGUGAGGCACUGAAGAGAGUUUGGGGCUCCUCGCAGGGGAUGGACUCCAUCCUCCAAUAUCUGCAGAAGAAGAUAGAUGAGUUUUAAGGAAAGCAUGUAUCCCCCAUGUUCCCGAGCCCCAUUCAGUGGGGGAACCAGGCAAACAGCACUGGGAGUGCAACCGGUUCAAUCUGCAAUCUGUGUGAUUCAUUUUAUGUUUGUGUGUGUGCCCAUUGAGACGUUGAUGCUGGACCUUUAAAUCGUCCGAGCAUCUUGGUGACCAUAUGUUGACCCUUUACCCAAUAACCCCCGGCCUUCGACCCUUUUACCCCAGUGUUUCCCAACCCUGGUCCUCCAGUAGCCCCAACUGCCCAACCCUGGUCCUCCA